AUGAGUGUUGGACGCAGAAGAUUAAAGCUGCUGGGAAUUCUGAUGAUGGUAAACAUUUUUAUCUAUGUGAUUGUGGAAGUCUCCAAAAGUGGCAGCCAAGAGAAGAAUGCAAAAGGCCGUGUUAUUAUACCACGCAGCAAAUUCUGGAGGAAAUACACUCCUCACAAAGCUUAUUGGAACAAGCAGCAACAGAAGCUCGAACUGCUGUACAACCCGAUUCUGACUUUGCUUUCCAAUAUGACUGUGGAAGAGAACUUAAUUUCUAACGCGAGUGUUCUCAGUUCCUGUGACCCUGACCCAUGGGUGACUUCAGAGGUUAGUGACUUUGCAAACUUGCCAGAAAGAUUCAAAGACUUCCUGCUUUAUUUGAGAUGUAGAAAUUACUCAUUACUAAUGGAUCAGCCAAACAAGUGCAAACAUAAACCUUUCCUGCUGCUGGCUAUUAAGUCACUUAUACCACACUUUGAUAGAAGGCAAGCAAUUAGGGAAUCCUGGGGGAAGGAAAUAGAAUCAGGAGAUAUAACAGUCAGAAGGGUCUUCCUCCUUGGGCAGACCCCACCAGAGGAUAAUUUUCCUGACCUUUCAGACAUGAUAAAAUUUGAGAGUGAAACCCACCAAGACAUUCUGCUCUGGAACUACAGAGACACUUUCUUCAAUUUAACUCUGAAAGAGGUGCUGUUUCUCAAGUGGGUGAGCAGCAGUUGCGCAGAUGUCCAGUUUAUUUUUAAGGGCGAUGACGAUGUUUUUGUGAAUACCCAUCAGAUCCUGGAUUACUUGAAGAGCUUAUCAAAGGACAAAGCCAAAGACUUAUUCAUAGGUGAUGUGAUCAAAGAUGCUGGACCUCACAGGGAAAAGAAAUUGAAGUACUACAUCCCAGAAAGUGUUUAUGAAGGUUCGUAUCCUCCGUACGCAGGAGGCGGUGGGUUUCUGUACUCUGGUGAUCUGGCAUUAAGACUGAAUAAUGCGUCCGACCAGGUACUCCUGUAUCCUAUUGAUGACGUUUAUACUGGAAUGUGCCUUCAGAAGCUUGGGCUGGCUCCGGAAAAACACAAAGGUUUCAAAACAUUCGACAUUGAAGAGAAAUACAGAAAUAACAUAUGUUCCUACACAAACUUAAUGUUAGUGCAUAGUAGAAAACCUCAAGAAAUGAUUAAGAUUUGGACACGCUUGCAAGAUCCACACUUAAAUUGCUAAAGUAAUGUGCAUAAGUGUCUUAAAUACACAUAACUUCCCAGGUUUGGGUCUGACUUUCUUGGUGAACCAUUGAAGCUCUGUUUAAUAGUUCUUUUCAAAUUUUCUCUGGAAAUUUCUUCCUGUACUUUUGAAAGUGACAAUAAUACUAAAAUUGGAGGGGAUGGCACCAAGACUUGGUCCUGAUUUUUCCACUGUACUGGUGGUCAUUAUGUCUCAGUAUCUAUCUAAAUUUUAAAAAGGACUUGAAGGAUGUGGCUUGCUGCCAGUGAUUGGUUACCUGUAUUGGAAGCAGUGAUUGCAUACUACAGAGCAUCUUUCAUUAAUUGUGAUGGUGGAAGAUAUUUUUUUUCCUUGAGUAGUGUUGGUGUGGGGCUGUGUGGAAACCACUGUAAAUGAACAACUCACAAAUUGGGGGAAUGUAGUUUUUGCUUUAAGUAUGAAACACGAGACUUGAUUUUUUAACUUAGUUUUCAGUCUUUUAUGCACCCCAAGCAGUAUUUUCUCCUUUUGUGCAAAGUGUGCCUGUGUCUGAAGGAUUUACUCUUUUAUUAGAUAAUGUGUUUUUGGUGUUUUGUCUUUUUUAACAUGAAAAGAGCGUAAUGUGGUUCCAAACACCCUGUAAAAGAGCUGAACAUACAAGGGAAAGGCAGAGCAGGUUUUGUUUGGGGCUGGGCAGUAGGUACAAUUCUGCUGCUGCCCACUCUGAGCUUUAUACGUAAGGUAAAGCUGACUUGUAACUCGUGGUAUUUAUGUGAAAAGCUACUCUGGUCAGUCCUUGAUUUCUGUUUUGGCACUAAAAGUGAUCAGGUAGCUGAUUUGAUAAAAAUAACUGAAAUUGCACAUUGCUUGUGAGAGCACAGUUUGGAUCUCCUGUAAAGCAGUAGCGAGUCUAGGAUUGCAGUUCCUGAGAGGUUUGGAUUUUGAAACAAACUUUGAAGUUGCAUGAUGUCUCAUCUAGAGUUAAACAUGUUCUCAAAGUUCAGAUUUUCUUCUGUAUUUCCACAUCUUGCUUAUAAGAGCUAUUCUAAAUAGUGAUUGCUUCCUUUGUAUAUGUAGAAGUGCCUGUCUAUUUAUUGUUCAGAUUGAAGACCAAAACAUUUUCUUAAAUAUAUUUUGUGUAACAUUUUAUUUGUAUAGUGUUGUCACUCAGAUAUUUAAAUAGAGCAUGAUAUUUUAAACCUGUGAGAUGUGUAACAUGUUAAAUAAAGCUAAUUGUUAUUUUUGAAUUUGAAAAAUAAAAUGUGAUUUAAA